CCUAUCAAGGAUAACACUCAUUCACUACUAAAUAUAUAAAAGAUGAGGUUUGUGCAGUUCUGCAUUGAUGGGAAGCAAUGUAUUGGCUUGGAAAAUGGAAAUGGUGGUGGAAUUGUCAACCUUUCGGCGGCGGACGCGAGUUUUCCAACGGACAUGAGGAGUUUUAUUGAAGGAGGCGAAGCAGUGUGGAAAAAAGCUGAAAAUUACAAAUCAGCGACACCGAUUUGUCGGGACCAUGUACAGCUGCUGGCACCUAUCACGUCCUGUGACAAGGUCUUGUGUGUGGGGAUGAACUAUAAAGACCAUUGUGAGGAACAGAACGCUCCCGUUCCCGUCCAGCCUGUGAUUUUUAACAAGUUCCCUAGUUGCAUUAUGGGACCAGCUGAUAAAAUGGAUUACCCCGCGGAGACAAAGUGUCUGGAUUGGGAGGUGGAAUUAACUAUUGUUAUAGGAAAGGAGGGUCGAAAUAUCAAGGAGGCGGACGCUAUGAGUCACGUGUUUGGCUACACGAUUGCCAAUGACCUGUCCGCCCGGGACUGGCAGCUGGAGCCGGGUCGAAAUGGCGGGCAGUGGCUUAUCGGGAAGGCCAUGCACCAGUUCUGUCCUCUCGGGCCCGCCAUCGUCACCCCGGGGGAGCUUGGCGACCCUCAUAAACUGGGCUUGCGAUGCCGCGUGAACGGAGUGGUAAAGCAGGACAGCAACACUGAUCAGCUCGUGCACAAGACGGAGCAAAUCCUCGCCUUCAUAUCCAGGUUCAUGUGUUUAAAACCCGGCGACCUGAUCCUCACAGGAACGCCACCGGGAGUAGGCUGCUUCAGAAAGCCACCAGAGUAUAUGAAGACAGGUGACGUUGUCGAAGUGGAAGUGGACGGGAUAGGCACAGUGACCACAACCAUAGUUUAACUCACCAGUGGCAUAUAGUGACUGUGGUUACAUUUUUAAUUGGUCAAUACGUGUUGGUUUUGAAAACUAAAUUUACAUUCUGUACUAAAAUGUCAACAUGUUUAUUCAGAUAUCUAGCCAAUUGCAUUAUUAUCAGUUAUGUAGAUCUAUAAAACAGUGUUAUGUGUAUAUGAAGACGAAUGUUACCUUUUGUGGCUUUAACAUUUUUAAACAGUAAAAUUGUUAGGAAAAAAUCAUUCACCCCAAUUAGUUUAAAAACGUUU